GCACUAUCCAAUUGGACGAAAGCUUCUGAGAGCUGCGACAUGGCUUGUAUAUAUUUCUCAUGUAAAAAUUUAUGUUGAUUUAAAACUGCCUUACAGUGACGAAGAAUGGCGUUCUUGUCUGCUAGAAGCUUAGCGUUUUCCAUUGGAUUUAUUCUCGUGACGACUCCUUUACGAUCAAUGAUCAACGCUCAACCAAUCAUGUCAACGAUGCAUGAUUCGCUUCCUUCAGCUACAAACUUCCUCGAGGCAAUUGACGAGCCGAUCGCAAAUUCCCUAAACGCAAGGAAUUUUGGUGUGCUGGGCGAUGGCAUCACGGACGACUCUCGUGCGAUCCAAACGUUUAUCAACAAUGCUUCGCUCGAUCAGAAAAUCGCUUUUUUUCCUUCUGGGGAAUAUAUCAUCAGUGAAAAUAUCUGGAUCGAUGGAAGUGUCAGCAUUCAAGGCUCUUCGCGUGGAAUAACCGUGUUGAAGACCCCACGGACGAAAAUCCUUCAAAUAUACAUUGGAAACAAAAUGCACGGCUUGAGAGAUCUCAGCAUCACACAUAUAUUCUUUGACGGGAUCACGUUGUAUUUCAGCAGUAAGAGAUUCAAGCACAAUUUUCACCUGGCGAAUUGUCUGUUCUUCACCAGUCGUCAGCCAUUGCUUCCGAUUGAGAAAGCUAGCAUCAGUUGGCAACGUGUCGCAAACGGUAUCAUAAGCAAUGUGGUAAUAUUGCGUUCCAAGGAAACCCACGCGGUCGGCGUGUCCUUUUACAAGACGAAACACGUGCGAGUAGAAAGCUGUAUCUUCGGUCUUGAUUUCAACAACCUGACCUGGUUGGCUACCCAAUAUCAUGGCAUUGAUACUUGGACCAGUUUGAUCGAGAAGCUUCACUUCACUAAAGGGCACUAUUAGGCCGUAUUC